AAAAAAACACACGUCAACAAUACAAGUGACACUUGACAACACAAAAAUAUUUAAAAAAAUUAAUAUUAUCAAUUUUGUUGCAUAAUAUAAUAUGCAAUAAAUCAUCAGGAUAUUUACAAAGUUAAUUAAAUAAAUAAAUAAACAAAUAACAAGAUGCCAGGGGAUAACACAAGUGAUCUUGGUGAAUUGGAAAAUGUAAGAGUUGUCGUAAGAGUACGACCAUUAAAUGGAAAAGAAUUAGAUGGACAUUGUAAAAAAAUAGUUAAAGUUGAUAAAAUAAAUGGUGAAAUAAUAGUUGAAAAUCCAAAUGCAGCACAUGGUGAACCACCAAAAGUAUUUUCAUUUGAUGCUGCAUUUGAUAUUGAUUCAACUCAAAUUGAUAUAUACAGUGAAACAGCACGUCCAAUUGUUGAUAAAGUAUUACAAGGUUAUAAUGGUACAAUAUUUGCAUAUGGACAAACUGGAACUGGUAAAACAUAUACAAUGUCAGGUGCUAAAACAUCACCACAAUUACGUGGUAUAAUACCAAAUACAUUUGCUCAAAUAUUUGGUCAUAUUGCUAAAUCAGAUGAUAAACAAAAAUUUUUAGUACGUGCAACAUAUUUAGAAAUAUAUAAUGAAGAAAUACGUGAUUUAUUGGGUAAAGAUCAAAAUACAAGAUUAGAAGUUAAAGAAAGACCAGAUAUUGGUGUAUUUGUUAAAGAUUUAAGUGGUUAUGUUGUUAAUAAUGCUGAUGAUUUAGAUAGAAUAAUGAUACUUGGUAAUAAAAAUCGUGUUGUUGGUGCAACAGCAAUGAAUUCAUUAAGUUCAAGAUCACAUGCAAUAUUUACAAUAACAGUUGAAUCAAGUCAAAUUGGUGAUGAUGGUGAAUCACAUGUUAAAAUGGGUAAAUUACAUCUUGUUGAUUUAGCUGGUUCUGAAAGACAAAGUAAAACAAAAGCAACUGGUGUACGUUUACGUGAAGCAACUAAAAUUAAUUUAUCAUUAUCAACACUUGGUAAUGUUAUAUCAGCACUUGUUGAUGGACAAAGUUCACAUGUACCAUAUAGAAAUUCAAAGUUAACACGUUUAUUACAAGAUUCAUUAGGUGGUAAUUCAAAAACUCUUAUGUGUGCAAAUAUAAGUCCAGCUGAUAUUAAUUAUGAUGAAACAAUAAGUACACUUAGAUAUGCUAAUCGUGCUAAAAAUAUUAAAAAUAGAGCUAGAAUUAAUGAAGAUCCAAAAGAUGCAUUAUUACGUCAAUUUCAAGAUGAAAUUGAAGAACUUAGAAAACAAUUAGAAGACAAUGAUAUUGAUGGUUUAAGUGAAAGUGAUGCUGAUACUGAACCAGAUACAGAUGACAAUGAUAAUAAUAAUGAAAGUAAAAUAAUUAAAACUAAAAAAACACAAUCAAAACGUCAUAGUAAUAUGAUGACAAUGGAAGAGCUUGAUGAUGAUAAUAAUGAUGAUAAAAAGCAUAUUGAUAAAAGUGAAAAAAUUGAUUGUGCUGAGUAUGAUGAUAAAAGUCCAGAUGAUAAAGAUGUUAUUGAAUUAAAACGUACACAAAGUGAAAAAGAAGCAUUACGUGAUAAAAUGCAAAAUUUACAAAAUAAAAUACUUGUUGGUGGUGAAAAUUUAUUAGAAAAAGCUGAAGCACAAGAAGAGCUAUUAGCUGCUGCUGCAGUUGAACUUGAACAACGUAAAAAACGUGAAGAACAAUUAAAAAAAGCUAUUGAAGAAAAAGAAGCUGAACGUAUUGAUAUUGAAGAAAAAUAUUCAUCAUUACAAGAUGAAGCUGCUGGUAAAACUAAAAAAUUAGCUAAAGUAUAUACAAUGUUAAUGUCAGCUAGAGCUGAAUUACUUGAUCUACAAGAAGAACAUCAAAGAGAAAUGGAAGGUUUACUUGAAGGUGUACGUGGUAUUGGAAGAGAAUUACAAUUACAAGAAUUAAUAUUAAAUAAUUAUAUACCAGUACAGUAUCAAACAAUGAUUGAAAGAUAUGUACAUUGGAAUGAAGACAUUGGUGAAUGGCAAUUAAAAUGUGUUGCAUAUACUGGUAAUAAUAUGAGAAAAGCACAAAUAACACCAACAAUUGGUACAACAAAAGAUCAACCACAAAUUGAUAUAUCAAAUAUUUAUUUAACUUAUAAUGAUACAGAUAAUAAUUUUAAUCAACAAAAAAAAAUACGUGGACGUUCUGGUGUACCUAGACCAACAACAGCACAUCGAAGAACUCCACAUUCAUAAAUUAUCAAUAUUAUUAAUUGUGUUUUAAACACACACACACUUGUCGUGAUUUUAUUUAUUUAAAAAAAAAAAAACUAGUUCCCUUUGUUGCACCAGUAUUAUUAUUAAAAUAUUUAUUUAUACUUGUUUUUUUUUGUUUCUUUAUUUAGCUUGAAUAUAAUAAAAAACUGUAUUGCAUUUAUUAAAAAUAAAUAAUUAUUAUUCUAGCUUAUAAACGAUAUUGUUUGAUCCAUUUAUUAAUUGAAUAUUUAUGAUAAUUACGUGCUUGAAUAACAGAAUAUGGAUCAGCUUUAUUUUGUCCACGUAAAUCAAGAUGAU